UCGACUGCACAAAUCCACGUUUCUUGUGUCAUGGGUUUGAACGAUACACGCGAGAAUGCACUAAAUGCACAACUUAUGUUUGCAAUUUGUGUUACUGUUCUCGAACGCAUUCCACGUAAUUGGUAUUAAUAUACGAACAUCAAUCCGUUAAAAGGCGUGUCGUCCUUAUAGGAGGGAAGUUGAAGUGACGCAGGUUGUGAAGUUUUGUGCUGACAAACCAAGGGAUUCAAGCCCACCACGUGUGGCUCCUGGCACGGCUUGCAACGUGAUUUGUGGCGUCCCAGACAACCUUGCCACUCGUACCCCGUCAAGAAUUCCAUACUCGUGGUGAUGAUGGCAAGCAGUGGCAGAUGGUCAAGUAAAUCCUCCAAGACCGAUGGCCAUGUAAGCAGCGACCAGCAACCAGAGUGGGAUGAUGCGCUGCCUGUACCCAAACUCAGCUUCUCUGUGGCAUCUGUCCUCGUCUUCUGUCUGGCGGUACUGUGUUUCGCGAACAGCCACGAUGCAGGUUUUGUGUAUGACGACACAUGGGCCAUCAUCAACAACCGAGAUGUAUUACCCGAGACCCCACUCACAGCCAUAUUUGCUCAUGAUUUCUGGGGACAGGUGUUGGAUGGAAAGAGUCACAUGUCCUACAGACCACUUACUGUGAUGACCUACAGAUGGAACUACGCAUGGUCAGGAUCUCUGCACCCUGAAGGCUUCCACGUUGUCAACAUCGUCCUGCACGGCUUGGUGUCGGUCAUCUUCCUGGCAGUAUUCUCUGUCCUCAUGUCUGGUUACCAGGUGGACCAGGAAUCUGCUAGACCGGUGUUUGCCUCGCCCCGAGCUGCUCUCCUGUGUGCUGUGUUGUUUGCAGUUCAUCCCAUUCACACUGAAAGUGUUGCUGGGGUCGUGGGUCGGGCCGACCUGCUCUGUGCCUUGACCUUCCUUCUGUCAUUCCUUCUGUACGCGAGGGCCUGCCUCGACUCUUCAUACCUGGUCAGUUACCGUCCCGAGUCCUUCUCCCUGGUGACUGUACUGGCCAGUAUGUGUCUGUGUGUCGUGUCCACCUUCUGUAAGGAGCAGGGCAUCACUGUCAUAGGUAUUUGUAGCGUGUUUGACAUCGUCGUUGUGUGUAGAGUCGACCCUUUCCAGCUGAUGUCAUUCAAAAACCAUCACAUCAAGAGCAAGCAAAAAUGGGUUUUGGGUCUCAUCAAACGUCAUCUCGUCCUGUUACUGACUGGCGUGGUACUUCUCAUCAGUAGGCUCUGGAUAAUGAGAUCAUCAACACCUAACUUCUCUGAGGAUGAUAAUCCACAUGCCAUGGUAGAGGGCACACUGAUGAAGAUGUUGAACUACAACUACAUUUAUGCAAUGAACACUUGGUUGCUAUUAAACCCAUGGUGGCUGUGUUGUGAUUGGUCGAUGGGCUGUAUACCUGUCAUCACCUCAUUGGCUGAUCCCAGAAUACUGGCAGUCAUAGCUCUCUGGACUGGGUUUGGUGCCUUGUUCUAUGGUUGCUACAAGGGUGAACUCACUAGAAAUCGCAGGAUCCUGAUAACGUCCCUGGCAGUGUUGGGUAUUCCCUUUCUGCCAGCCAGCAACCUGUUUUUCCGUGUGGGCUUCGUGAUCGCAGAGAGGAUCCUGUACCUGUCCUGUGCUGGCUUCUGUAUGUUGGUGGUGCUCGGGGCAAGGCAGAUCUGCAUUCAUGUUCAUCUCACAGCAAAACAGUUUGUGUCCGGUGUGUUCAUGUUCCUUGUUUUGGUAUUUGUCCUUCGCUCGAAUGAGAGAAGCAGGGAAUACCGAGAUGAAAUGGCAUUAUUCACAUCUGGAGUCAAAGUGUGUCCGCUGAAUGCUAAGAUCCACUUCAACAUUGCUAGACUACACAAGGAGAACAACAAUACUGACGUUGCUGUUGAUGAAUUCAGGGUGGCUUUGAAACUGAACGCUCAAUAUGUCUGUGCAAUGGUCAGCAACUUGGCCUCGAUCCUGAAAGACAAAGACAUACUGGCUGAGGCGGAGGGGCUGCUUGAGAAAGCUGUGAGUGUCAGCCCAGACCACGUGGAGACAUGGAUGAACCUGGGAGUUAUACAGGCAGAGUUGGACAAGACCGAGUCGGCCGACGCCAGCUUCCGCAAUGCUCUCUUGCACUGUAAGGUGCACACGGACUGCAUGUAUAGCCUUGGCAAUCUGUACUGGCACCUGGGACGCCACACACAAGCCAUCGACGCCUUUCACAAUGUAACACAGGGUGCACCAACACACACUGCUGCCUGGGUGAAGUUCCUCCAGCUUCUCGAUGUUCUAGAGAAAUACGACCACGCUAUUGAGGUUGGAGAGAAGGCUUUGGCGGUAUUGAAAUAUGAACCAGAGUUGACGUUUCGCCUGGCUAAUAUUUACCUAAAGAAAGAGAAGUACAAGGAAAGUGAGAAGCUCCUACUUGUGGCCAUCAAGCGAGACCCUCAGAAUCCGUAUCUACAUCUAAAUCUAGGUGUACUAUACUAUCGGACAGGGAACAAUGAGAAAUCGGAGAAGGCCUACUUGAUUGCACUGAAAUUAGCGCCAAAUGACCCGCUCAUCCUGAAAAAUCUCCAGGCACUUCACAGAAAGAUGGGAAAAAUCCCACCUGUCAGUCAACUUGUUAUGGAAGAUGGGAAAAUAAUAUAAACAAUGUUUAUCUUGUAUUGCAGUCGACGUUUUGUAUGGUCUUUGUUCCCUUAUAAUAAAAU